AUGUGGCGUGCGGCCCUCCUUUUAUUGGCUGCUAGCUUGUCACUGAGCUCGGCUAAACCUCACAUCCACCCGUUAUCCACAGAGAUGGUCGACUUUAUCAACAAGAUAAACACUACCUGGAAGGCCACUCACAACUUUCAUAAUGUUGACUACAGUUAUGUUAAGACCCUGUGCGGAACCUUUCUUAUGGGACCCAAACUUCCUGUCAUGGUUCAGUAUGGUGGCGACGUGACACUGCCGAAAAACUUUGAUUCCAGGGAGCAGUGGCCCAACUGCCCCACAUUAAAGGAGAUUAGAGACCAGGGCUCCUGUGGUUCCUGUUGGGCAUUUGGUGCGGCAGAGGCCAUAUCCGACCGUGUGUGCAUCCAUAGUAAUGCCAAGGUCAGCGUCGAGAUCUCGGCCCAGGAUUUGCUGACCUGCUGCGAUAGUUGUGGCAUGGGAUGUAACGGUGGCUACCCUUCAUCAGCCUGGGACUUCUGGACCACUAACGGGCUGGUUUCCGGCGGCCUCUAUAACUCCCACAUUGGUUGCCAACCCUACACUAUCGCACCCUGUGAGCACCACGUGAACGGUAGCAGACCUCCUUGCACAGGGGAGGGCGGAGACACGCCCAAAUGUGUCAACAUUUGUGAACCCGGGUACUCGCCCAGCUACAUGCAGGACAAGCAUUAUGGUAAAACGUCUUACAGCGUUAUGUCAGAUGAAGAGCAGAUUCAGUUGGAGAUUUACAAGAACGGACCAGUAGAGGGCGCCUUCAGGGUCUAUGCAGACUUCGUUCUCUACAAAUCUGGUGUGUAUCAGCACGUGUCUGGGUCAAUGCUGGGUGGACAUGCCAUCAAGAUACUUGGCUGGGGUGAAGAGGAUGGUGUCCCUUACUGGCUCUGUGCCAACUCCUGGAAUACUGACUGGGGUGAUAAUGGAUUCUUUAAAAUCUUGCGCGGGUCAAACCACUGCGGCAUUGAGUCUGAAGUUGUGGCUGGUGUUCCCAUGUAG